CAUAGACAUCUAAAACGUGUCCCGAGUAGUAUAAUAGAGUUUAAAGUUCAACAUUUCCCUCUGAAAUCUAGUGGUAUGGAAGCAUAAACUGGUAUAAAAUAGAAAUACCCAAAGUACAGGUGUGUCAAAAUUGUAUGAAGGUUCAGUACUUGAGUAAAUGUUGGCUGUUUCAUAACUGCAAUUACACAAACACUUCUGCUGUCAAGAUCUUUACACAGUGUCAAACUGAUGGAUGCAAAUGAUGCCUACUUACUACAAACCUUAAAUCACACUGACAGAAUACAGAAACAGCAUUUGAAUUAUGCAUGAAAGCUUUAUUUUUCAGCCUAAAGCGUAUUCUUCAAAUUCUUCAACAUGAGGUGCCUCGAACAACAACCUCUCACCAACAAGCCACUUAACAGUGUAUUUUUUUCUGUAAUGCAAGUAAAGCUUAAUGAUGAAAGAUUUGAUUUUAUCAUCAUAAACGUCAUCAUCAAGAAUGAAUACACAAUGAUGUUUAAAUGUCACUCUUUUGUGAUUCUUUCAAUAGAUGGCAUGGAAUAAUAAACAAAGCAGACUCAUUUGCACUUGAAUGCCUCAGGGAAGUAAAAUUUUCUCAUUGAACACAAGCUUGUUUGCUUGAAUCAUGGCCUCAGAAUAAUCACAUUCAAAGGAACACUUCUAAAUAACUACACAUUUCCUUAACUGACUUCAAAUGCCUGACAGAGAAAGGCUGAAUAUUAAACAUAAACACUACAAUUUGACACCAGGUUGUGAUAUCGAUCCAUUAUCUGUUCGAAAGUAUUAAAUAGGUCUUUUGUUUACCUGCUGACAUUCGUGCAGGCGCAGACUUGGACAGCCAAUUAGCCACACGUGUGCUGACCUGGGGGAAAUGCUGCUACUGAUGUUUUCCCAAGAUGGUCUGUUUUCUUCCCAAAAAGAAUGAAUGGAAGCAGACAACCAGAUUCUGUGAAGCUGGCAUUUGUCCAUCAUCUUAUGUCCGACUUUUCCAGGCUUCUCACUCAGAUGAACAAGUGCAGAAAUUGCCUGUACGGAUGCACCAACAUAAGUUGGUGUCCGUGAAUUCGGAGGGAAGGAGGCGGAGUUCAUCUGGUGUAAUAAAAGUAAGCUGGGAGGAAAAUGUGACAGAUGUGGAGGCCUGUGCCAACGAGAAAAGCGAGAGUAGGACUGUCAGACAUGUCGACUCCGGCAUGGUGAUGGAUGGAGAGUGAGAGAAGGGGGGAAAAAGAGAAGAAGAUGAGGAAGAGGAAGAGGAAGCAAGGGGAACAGAAGUGUAGUGUCCCGCUGAGGAUUACUAGCUGGGGAUUCAUGAGCUCCUUCACACCUCCCAUGGAAAGCCGGAGUGUGAUGACGAUGCAAGUGUGUGAGUCGUGAGCUAGCCAGCAAGCGUGUGUGCCGUAGGAAUCUGCGCAACCCACUCUUGAGGUGUUUAAAUCUGAGACGCCGGCAGACCGACUGGGGUGCAGGCAGCCCGCCGCCUUGACACCGCUGAGACCGACGCUCCCUCUCCCGGACUGACAGUCCAAUCGCAAGCCUCCGCUCGCCCUCCCUCCAUCCACAGCGUGCUCCCUUUCUCUCUCUCCCUCACUUGCUCGCUCGCUCGCACUCCCUCCUCCUUCUCUUCUUUCUCUCUUUCUCUCUCUCUAGUUUUCAUUCCUUUGCACUCAAUCUGUGCAUCCCCUCCUCCUCCUCUUCCUCCUCCUCCUCCUCCUCCUCACACCUUUUGGUCAGAAGAGGAAGAGGAAGCCCAGCCCAGGGAGAGACGCUGAGAGGAUGAAACUCUGACACGCCGACAGACCACAGGGAAACAAGAGCACAACUAUAAUUGCUAGAAGGAAGCGCCCAGGAAGGUCAGCCAAGAAUCCCGCCGUAGGUGCCAAAGUGAAAUCUACAGGACUACAAUUACUUGGACGGACUGAGGCGGCAGAGCAAAGUGAAUGACAGUAAGUGAUUGGUGUAGUGUGGCGUUUACAUUGGACUUCGCUCUCUGCAGUGGCGACAAGUGAUUUCUUCUUUUCCCAACACCUCCGACCUCUGACCUCUCAGGUUGUAUCUGACGGAGGGACCGGUGCCGCGCUCCCAUCCCCGCGCUCCUUCAACAACAACACUGGUUGAUCAGCACCUGUGGCGGCAGCAGCGAGUCGAGUGACCCAGCUUCAGGCCGACCGGCUUCACCUGUACAUGGAGACCCCCAGCUGGGCAGGAAACACGUUGUGUAAGUCAGGAAGCAUUGCUGUCUUCGGGAACGUGGUAUACAGCGGACUGCUGAACGAUCACCUCUGGCAUUUGGGAGUGCCCCUCUUUACAAGACUGGGUAACCAAGAGGCCACCAACCCCCCAGAAGCGAUGGCCCAGCCGUACACCCCAGCCCAGUACCCACCUCCCCCACAGAAUGGCAUCCCCGCAGAGUUUGCGGCACCGCACCCGCUCCCGACACAGGACUACACCGGGCAGAGCCGGGUUCCUGAGCACGCAAUGACCCUCUACACGCCCACACAGACGCACAGCGAGCCGGCCGGCACUGACAACAGCACGCCCACCAUCACCGCCACCACGACCGCACCGGUCAGUGCCCUUCAUCACCUGCAAACACUGUUCUCAACACGCUGUCAGCAAACAGAUGAUGUGACGCAAACAGAGGGCUCUCAGCAGCUCCAGCUCCAACACUCAGACUCUUCAGAGAAGCAGCAGCCCAAAAGGUUACAUGUCUCCAACAUUCCCUUCCGCUUCCGGGACCCUGACCUAAGGCAAAUGUUUGGGCAAUUUGGAAAGAUUUUAGAUGUGGAGAUUAUCUUUAAUGAGCGAGGAUCCAAGGGCUUUGGGUUUGUAACUUUUGAAACAAGCACAGAUGCUGAUCGUGCACGGGAGAAACUAAACGGUACAAUCGUAGAGGGACGCAAAAUAGAGGUGAACAAUGCAACAGCACGAGUGAUGACAAACAAAAAAGUGGCCAACCCCUACACGAAUGGCUGGAAGCUGAAUCCAGUAGUAGGAGCUGUCUAUGGUCCUGAACUCUAUGCUGUAACAGGGUUUCCCUACCCUGCCACAGGCGCUACGGUGGCCUAUCGGGGUGCCCACUUGCGGGGACGGGGACGGGCUGUGUACAAUACAUUCCGCACAGCUCCUCCGCCACCACCAAUCCCAGCUUAUGGAGCGGUGGUGUACCAAGAUGGCUUCUAUGGUGCAGAGAUCUAUGGUGGCUAUGCAGCAUACAGAUUUGCCCAGCCCACCACCACCGCUGCUUACAGUGACAGCUAUGGCAGAGUCUAUGCAACAGCAGACCCGUAUCACCACACAAUUGGCCCUGCCGCCACAUACAGUGUGGGGACCAUGGCUAGCCUAUACAGAGGAGGGUACAGUCGCUUCACUCCCUACUAAAAGAAAGAAAAAAAGCGAGAAAAGACAGAGACAUUACCCCAACAAACAAACAAAAAAAUAUCUUUAAAAAAAAAAAAAAGACACACACAAAACAAGCGAACACCUGGUCCUUGGUGGAGAGCUAAAUCAAACUAAAAGCUUCCAGGUCCACAUGCUGAGCCCCUCCCCUGACACCCUCUCAAGCCGAUAUUUCUACAACAACCUUUUUGAUGUCAUCAUUGGUCUGCUCUUGUUUUGUAUUCAUUUUUGUGCUUUUGGUUUUCUUUUGGAAAGUUUUAUGCACACGUGCAUUAUCUUGAUUGCUGUAUAUGGGUGCUGUGUCACCAUAACCAAUGUGAGCCUACUGCAGCACGCAUGGUGCAUGCUCAGAGGUGUGUGUAUGCAGCCGCUGUCAUCUGACUAAGAAUAUACUGGGGCAUUUCUAUGAUGUAUACACAACAAACAAGGAAUCAGGUUGAUGCUGAUCCAUCCCAUUUAGUUACUUCUCUAACAUUUAUCUUCCAUGUAACAUGUAGAAAUAAACAUCUCAGUCUUAGCACUCACUAACAUGCCUUGGUAAUUCUUAGUUCAAAGACGGCACUGCUCUGACUGCUUUUGUUUGUUUUGUUUUGUUUUUUGUUCUUUUUUUAAACAUUGGAGUGUCCUACUGUUGUGCACUUGCAGUGGAGCCUUACAAGCUGUACUAUGUGGUAUGACAGCAUGCAGAGUAAAGGGUCGGGAAGGUCAGAUUCCUGUCUUGGACUCACAAUGCUCAUAUGCCAGCCCAGUCUCCUGCAAAUAACAGUACGUUUAUGUGCGACUACUCUGCAUCGGUGGGUAUGUUUUGGGGGAAAUGUUGCUUAAAAAUUCAUAUCAGUACAGCUGAACAUAAAUAUAUGCAGAAUGAGCAUUUGCCUUUUCCACUGGCAGCCUCUGUUCACAUCUCGUGUUCAGUGCUAUUUUUAGUUUUUCAUAGGACCAAUUGCGCGGGAACACAGACUAAAUGAACCAUGUGCUUUAAGCUGCCUAAAAUUACUUUAAGGGUUACUCGUCUUUUAUUAGAUCCUUUUCUAGUCUACGUCUUUUCUCCAAGCUCAAGCUGAGAUGAUGAAAUCAGUUCUUCUAAUACUUUAUAAGGCUUCUUCAGGACCACAAAAGAUAUUCUACAAGUGCUUUGAAUAGGCUCAAUAGUUCUGUAAGCAGAACUUAGCAUCUAAAAUUGGUUGAGAGCCAAUAUAAGUAGCUGGUCCCAAAUAACGUGGAAUAAUCUGUUUUAAAAGUCAGCCAAAAUAAGAUUGCAGUUCUGCUUGUGUUCUGUAUGUCUUCCUGUUAGCAGUAUUGCAUCUCUGUGUUGUAGGUACAGGUGGUGAUACCGUUGCUGUUUUGAAUAUUAGUUUAGAAGAAUGGAGGAGCAGAAUUGGUUGAUGAGCCUGUACUCCUGCAAGACACUGGGGAAAAACUGUAAAAUCAUGUUUAGGGACUGUAGUCUGUAGAGCUGCACAGUUAAUCAAAUAUUAACCAUGAUUUUGGCUUCCCACAAUAAAAUGAAAGUGAUCAACAGCGAUAUCGACUUUUAAAAUACUCUGUUCAUAGAAAACAACAGAAUAAAGUCAUCUUUUGUCGUGUAAUGCGGUUACUGAGGUUUAGUUACUUCGGGGCUUCUAAAGCAGAUGUUCAGCAAGUGAUAUAUAUUAUUAUAAUAUUGAUUAGUAUAAUUUUGCUAUAAUCUUGCAACAUUUAUUUCAUGGGAUUAGUGAAAUUAUUCAAAUAACUGAUUAGUUGCUGGUUCUAGCUUUUCAAAAUAAGGCUUGACUGCUUUUUGUGUUUCUUAUUCAUUUUAAGUUGAGCCUCUUAUUUUUUGAGGCAAUUUAAAGAUGUCAGCUUUGACCCUGGGAACUCAUGAUAAAGAGGUUUUUCCAUACUUUGAUAAGUAAACAGGUUAAUCCAUUAAUCAAAAAGUUCUUUUACAGUUUGCAAAGAUUUCCAUUGCUCUGCAGUGUAUGUUUUUCCAAAAACAGCACCGUUAAAAUGCAGAAUUGUCGCAUAUAAAAUGAAUUUGCAGAAGACACGGCUGUGUAUCUUCACUAAUACACCAUGGCAGAUGAUCUCUACACAACAUGUACUGUAACACCAAACAUCUUCCACUCACACACACAGCAAUGACACAGCACUGAGGUGGAUGAACCUGACAGAGGGCUGUUUCUUCUACUUGUCACUGGUCUUUUUUUUCUCCUUUUUUUUUAACCAUUGCACAAAAUGUUUUACCUCAGGAUAAGCUAACUGAAACUCACAAAUUACAAUACAGUGCUAUUUACUUCUCAGCAGGCAGGGCAGUUUCAUUUCUAACACAACCAGCAGGUUUGUCCUCUUUGCAACACGGCUUUCAAAAAGAGCUGAUUUUUGAGUUUUAUUUAAGCAGAGACCCUAAGAGAGGAUGAUAAAAUAAGACUGUACUGUUGUUCUUUAUUAAGACUACUGUAUUAUAUAUAUGUAGACAUAUACUGUAUAACACAUCUUACACUGUAUCCACACAAGUACAGGAAGAUAUUAUAUAAAAGCACCCUGGAGUUAGGAGACACAAUGUAAAUGUGUGUAGAGUGCAGACGUGCUCGCCUCUUAGUCGACUUACAGUCAUUGCAUUGGCUUCUAUUACAACUUUGUGCUACGUGAGGUGGAUUUAAAAAUAAAAUCUCUGUGUAGCUACUGUUAGCUGUCAAGAUUUAAGUGCAGCUAUGGAAAUACAACUCAAAGCUAUUGCCAAUAAUAUUUAAUUUAUAUGUACUCACAAAAGUGUUUGUGGUCUCAAAAGAAAUCUGUUUGUUGCACUUUAUUUGUUCACGUUUUUUCAAUACUUUCUGAUAUGUAACAUAUUUAUAAAGAAAAAAGUAUCAUAUACAGCUAGUUAUGUUUAGUCAAGAUGUUAAAAUGAUAUAAUGUUGUAUAUCAAAAAAAGAAAAUUAACCCAUUAUCUCAUGAGUCAAAGAAAAAUCUUUAUGUGGGUAAACAAGCAUUGUUCUUCCUUUUAUAUGCUAGUCCGUAUGCUACGCACCAUGUGGGGUUUUUAUAAGACUAAAAAACUAACUUUGAAUAUUAUUUUUACCAUUUUCAAAUGGGAGAGCUGGUUUGAGUAUUUGAAGGAGUUUCUGAUAUAAACUCUGCAGCAGAGUACAUGUGUGGGUGUUCACUUAGUGACCACUAGUAGUAAGCUAGACUGGAAUGAAACAGAUUUUUGGCUUUCUGAUCUGAAUGUGUGUGAAUCUGUGCUGUGUGUUCAUAUAUAUAUGUAUAUAUAUAUAUAUAUAUAUAUAUAUAUAUAUAUAUAUAUAUAUAUAUAUAUAUAGAAUGUUUGUGUUUGAGUGUGUGAGGAAAGAGAGGAUGGAGGGACUGAAUGCAGUUUGCAGUUGACAUGAGUUCACUCCAUGUCCCUGUAAUAACAUCACACUAUCAUAAUUGUCAUAACAAAAAGCAAACAAGACAGUGAACAUUUCCUCAUUUUAAAUAUUGAUGGACUAUUUUGGCUUUUAGUUAAAGAGACCCAUUUGGUCUCCUUAACUAAAAUAGCAGGGGUUGCAUGUGCUAAUGCUUUUGCUUUUCCUAGAAGAAAUCAUACGUGAAGAUUGAUGUCAAAAAGGUGCUACAUUAUGGAUAUUUUUACUAGAGAACUCAUCACGUUGUGAUAGAGACAAAACAAGGUGACCCUAAUUUUCUGGCCACCUUACAUAUAUGUUUGCAGACAAUAAGAGAGCACGAGGAUUGACUUUCAUGCUUGCUCUGCUUGAGGACAUUCAGGUAACAUAUUUCCUCCUCAUGUAAUAACACAGCACUGAUAAACCAUCUUGUUGAGUAAACCAAGUUUUUCUGCAACUUAAUGAAUUACCAAUUCAUUUCAGUCCUCAUUUACAGUUACAAUAGCUAGCUAAGAACACAAAGCAUGAUGCCAAGAGCUUCCGUGUUUUCUUUGACUGCGGUCUGAAACAUCACUAGAAAUGCAUUUUAUCGUCUCAGAAAUGUUGCCCAUAUGCAACCUUUCCUUUCUCUUUCUGUCUUCAUGCUUUAAGCAGACUUGACUUGCAGUGCCCUUUUCUCAGGCCUCUCAUAGUAAUCUCUGAACAAACUUGAAAUGAUCUGAAAUGCAGCAGCACAUCUUUGAAAGAAAACUGAACUGAGACAACGUAGUACUUUGGAUUCAAAGGCACAUUAAUUGACUUCCUGUUCAAUUUAAAAUUCAGGUUAAGAUGUUGCUUUUAGUUUUUAUUUCUAACGAGAGUCCCCGUCUAGAUCCUUAAUAAAAGGAAUAAUCUUUUGCAGUUGUAUAGAGAAUAGUUCCAACAGAGCAACAUUAUUUCUACAUUGAAUGUGUGUAUGUUUAAUACAUUAAGUACAUUUUAAUUAUUAUCGUCAAAUACUUUUACUUAAGCCAUUUUGAACAUAAGAAAGCAUCUUACAACAUGAUUCCGUCCACUACAACACAGCCACAAACUAUAAUCUCAAACAUGAUGGUAGAAUUAAUGGCUGGACUGACUGUAAGUCAUCCAUCAAGCAUUCAUGCACUUAUCUGAAUUACCACUUUAAACAUCAAAUGGUACAAAACUAAUAUUAAUUAUUUAUUUUGGCUUUUGAAUUCAUAAUUUGUGCUCAAAAAUUAAAAGCAUAUCACAUUGAGCUGGGACCAUAUUAUCUUUUUAAAAGGAUGUCAAAGACCAUUUGCUUAGAAUAUCAAAUAUACUGUAAACUGUAAGUACAAAAGAGCAAAGUCAUGUUCAAGUUACAAUGAAAAACGCCAAAUUAAAGAUUGCAAGAAAAAAGGAAAACCUGGUCUUCCCUUCAAAUCAUGAGUAAGUUGAUAGUUUCAAAUUGACUUGAAUAUUUGAAACUGAGAUUUUGGUAGUAAUAGAUUGUCCUAUUCACUUGGUACUCAUACUGCUUGAACGGACUUGUUUUUGAAUUCUUUAUAGUCAGAGUCUGAUAAUGUGAUCAUUUGCUUCAGAUAAUAACACUGUAAAGCAUUAGCAUCUGCAAUGCAAUUAUGAGAAAAUGGAAGUAUGUUUGUGAAUGUAAAAACAUCUCACUGUGAGGGUCCAUCAGGGAUUCAUGCUUUUAAAUUUUUCUAACACUUCCCCCUACUGUCAUGUUAUUACUGGGACAAGUCUGAAUAUUGUCAUUUUGAAUUGCUCCUAUCAGUCUGCACGGGUUUGUCUACAGUUUACAGAAAAAGUAAAAACCUAACAUUGUUUAACUGCUUCAAUGUCAGCUUAUCAAGGCUUAAAUGUUAAAGAUAUAUCAUAUGAAUAACUUGCAGUCAGUAUUGUAGAGGUCUGAGCCGUUUAAUUAUGCUUAUAGUAAGUCAAACGUUUGUGAAUUUAUAAUAGAAACACUUUGAAAUUUUUUGGUUUUGUUUGCUUUUGUUGUAUUCCACAACCAGCUUGAUAUGCAACCAGACCUCUAUUUGAUCCAAACAUUUGUUUGUACUUAUUAAUAGUAGUAUUGAGAUACGGUUUACAUAUCAGCAGAAAAGUACUUUUCAUUCAUCAUUUAUAUUUACAAGUAUUUGCAAAGCCCUGAUAAGCUGGCAGGUGAAUUUAUUAAUCCACCUAAAAUAUUUGUACAAAAGAAAACCAAGCAAAAAAGUUACGGUACUUGUAAAUACAUUUAAAUGUAUAUACACACACUAUAUCACGAUUCUCUGAGUAACUGUUUUAUAUGUAUUCCUAUAUGAAGUGGGGUUAUCUGUGUAUUUUCAAUUCAACUGAACUUGUUCUUGAAUUCUAUGUAAUUUCUAUAAUGAGAAUAUAUUGUCUGAAAGGUGUAAAGUAAUUUUCUUUUGGGUUAAUUUCAUAGGUAAAAGUAUACUAUUAUGAUCCUUUUCUUUAUUCAUGAAUUAUUUUUGUUGUCAGUAUGUGACAUAUAAGUAACCUCUGAUUGUUUUCUGAGUGUCAGAAUAAAGCAGUUAUAAGAACAUUA